AUGGCUUGUGGACAACAGAAAAUUCAGUCUCAGCAGAAAACUACAAAAAAGCUAGCUGGACAGAAGAAGAAACAAGGACACGACCAAAAGGCUGCUGCCAAAACUGCCUUAAUCUAUACCUGCACCGUCUGCCGGACACAAAUGCCAGCCCCUAAGACCUUCAAGCAGCACUUUGAAAGUAAGCACCCCAAGACUCCACUUCCUCCAGAAUUGGCUGAUGUUCAAGCAUAAAGUCGUUUUACAGGUGAAUUCAUGACACUUUUGGCUCUUCUACUGUCUCAGACCUUAGGUAACAAACCUGCAGCUGCUUUUCUAACAAACUGUUGAUCAGCAAAA